AUGACCGAUCACAUUGCUGGCGUCAAGAGCGCCGGUUCGGCGGCCGAUACGGAGGACUCGCCCUCUACGGUCACCACGGCUGUGUCGGAGAGCGGGAUGGAGGAUCUCACCAUCUCGGAAUCGUCCUCGAACGUCCGGGUCGCUGCGAGCGAUACGAAUUCGUACGCCAGUGCUGGGACCAAUGCGUCGGUGCCUGCACCUGCUCCUGCUCGUUCCGCCGACGAGCCCGCCCCCACGCCGUCGCGGACGGACAACCACGCCCUCAGCACCUCUUCGUCCGGCCUCGUCCUGUUCGAUCUCACCGACCGACUCGGAGGGACACGCUGCUUCAGCCCGCACACGGUCAAGACGCUGCUCGACCUCAAACUCCUCAACGUCGGCUACGAGCGUCAGCGCCUCACCUUCGUCCAGGUCCGUAACGAGCUCGCGGAUAAGAUCGGUGACAACGUCACCGUUCCCGCCCUUGAGCUUUCCGACGGUAGCCACAUCGUGGACAGCUGGAACAUCGCAGAGUAUCUCGAACGACGUCAUCCCGAAGGCCACCGCAUCUUCGGCGACAGCGCGACAAAGAGGCUAGCAGCAAUGCUCAACAGCUUCGGCAAGACGGUCCUGGCGCCCAGCAUCGGCCCCUUGGCGCAAAAGGGCGUCCACGCGAUGCUGGACGAAGAGAGCAAGGCCUACUUCGCAGAUGUCAAGAUCGGCAAGACCAGAUGGGCCAAGGUGAGCAACCUCAGCGCGAGCGAGCGAGACGCCCACGUCCAGGCAGCAGUGGCCAAGCUCGAGGUGAUCAAUGCCAUGUUGACGUGCGAGAGCGCCGAACGAGGUGGUGCCGGCGAGAAUGGCAGGAGCAGGAGUCGCGGCAGACAACCCGUCUGGUUGGCCGGCGGGGAUCAGCCGACGCAUGCAGACUUUGUCCUGUUCGGUUGGUACGUGUUUACGAGAGCGGCGGGCGAGAAGACGGCCAAGGAGAUCUGGGGGGCGCACAAGCCGGUAUGGAGGUGGGUCGAGGCCAUGCUGGAGUGGUCUGGAGAGCUCGCUCAGGACUUUGUGUAG